AUGCGGACUCAGCUUGUGCUCCCGUCACUGCUCGGGGCGAUCGCCUUACUCGCCUGGCCAGUGUCGGUCUCCUCAUCUAUCACCUACUGUUCGUCCGUGAACACGGGAUCUUCCCAAGCCGCAAAUGAGAGUACGUUCCAGUCAAACGGUCUCUGCGAGGAUCAUUGCAGUUCCUAUGCGUUCGGUAUCCUGCAAGGCUACGACUGCUGGUGUUCGAACAUUGUUCCGAACUCUGCAACCAAUGUGAACAACUCGAAAUGCAGCCAAGAUUGUCCUGGGUAUCCGGAUGAUAGCUGCGGAAGUACUUCCAAGGGCCUGUAUGCCUACGUCGAAGUCGUCGGCAACCAGCCAACAGGCACCGCGACCGUCUCGUCCACUUCAACCACAUCAACUUCGGUCAGUAAACCUCUUGGCCGGAACCUUUGUUAUCGCACUGGUGAAGGAUGUGCAUUGCGGGGCUCGAUUGGGACCCGGUUCGAUCAAACAUCCUCGACACAAUCGUCUUCUACGACAUCAGCUGCCACUACAACUACUGGCCAGACUGUGUCGACCGAGACCAAUGCUGGGGGUACGGUCAAGACGGUCACUCUUGAAGCACCACAGCCGACCGCGACGGCGUCCAGUACUGGCACGUCGUCCAAGUCCACUAGCAGCUCGGGCAUGAGCUCGGGAACGAUUGCUGGUAUUGUGGUGGGAUCCAUUGGUGGUGCCCUUGCAAUCAUUGCUCUGAUAUUCGUUCUCUUCUUCGCCAAACGCAAGCAGCGUGCGAGCAGCCCUGAUCCAAGUGUACAGAACAUCCUACUGGACGGAAGACAAAGCAAAGGCUCACAGAUGAGUUUCAUGAAGGGCAUGUUUUCCGAUAACCAUAGUCAUACGCUAUCGGCCGGAUCGUCGAUCGCCGCCCACCGUCUGCCGACCUUCACGGACAACCGCAUGAAGACCGAUACCGUUCUGUUUGCCAAUGGUCGUCGUGACAGCGAUGCAUCGCUGCAAGACAACGAGGACUAUUCUCGUCCUGUUCUCCGGGUCAGUCAUGUGUUUUGUUCUGAUGAUGCUAUGUCUCAGGCUAACGAUAAUCCUAGCUCACGAACCCGGACUAGAGUAUCAGUUGAUGGCCGACCGAACCCGUCUCCUUGCGUUUGUUUCUAUUGCAUUUGCGCUCUCCUAUGUCUCUGUCCAUUUUCGAUUUGCGUGUUUUCGGCGAAAACAGCGGUGUUAUGA